AACAUCAUAAAGAGCCAUGGAAGGACAAAAAGGAUUAGAAUUCGUUAACAUCUAAAAGCCGCAGGAAAAUCUUGUGUAUUUACAGGAAAUCCACAGGGCUUCAGUUUAGAAAACAAAAGAUAUGGCAGAUGAUCUGAAGCUUUUCAGAACAUGGUCAAGUGCAUAUGGUUUGAGAAUAGUAUGGGCAUUGAAGCUUAAAGGCAUAGAGUUCGAUACCAUUUUUGAAGAUCUUGCCGACAAAAGCCCUUUGCUCCUCCAGUAUAAUCCAGUUCAUAAGAAAAUUCCAGUGCUUGUGCACAAUGGCAAACCUGUCUGUGAAUCACUGGUGAUUCUGGAGUACAUUGAUGAAACAUGGAAUGAAGCUUAUCCCCUUCUCCCUAAAGAUCCAUUUAAAAAGGCCGAGGUGCGCUUCUGGACAAAAUUCAAUGAAGAAAAGCUUUUGCCAUCCAUUAAGAAGGCUUCUCUUGGACAUGGUAGAGAGAAAGAGGAAGCCAGAGCUCUGACACCAGAAUAUCUGAAACAUGCUGAAGAACAACUUGAGGGAAAGAAAUUUUUUGGCGGUGAGAAAAUUGGGUACCUCGAUCUAGUAUUCGGGUGGAUGGCCUAUCUUAUAAAUGUCUUGGAGGAAGUCGAUGGCACAACAUUGAUAAACAGAGAGAGAUACCCUCUGUUAACCAAAUGGAUGGAGAUUUUUUAUGAAAUUCCAGUGUUCAAGGAAAGCUGGCCAGAUCGAGACAUGCUCAUCACCAAGUUCCAGAACUAUGUGUGGACUUAAAAUGUGCCAGAAAUCCAUCAAAAUGAAUCAAUGUGCCUAAAAUGUACUUGUACAUCCAUGAGUUUGAAUCAAUGUGCAAGGUUAUUGGAUAACUGCAGUGUAAUUUCUUUACUGCAUUGUAAGUUCAACCAACAA